UUCGGAUUCGCACGGUGUGGGCAGGAUGCUUCCUACUUACCUCAGGGUGCUUUUGGAGGGGCAAUUAUGAGGAAUUCAGGCGGUGAGAUGCUCUUCGCCAUUUCGUUCCCCUUGCAAGUCGUUUCUGCGAUUGAUGUUGAGAUGAAGGCUCUGCACUUUGCUACGAAGUGGGCUAUGGAGGCUGGUUACCACGACUUCCAGGUGGAAACAGAUAUUGUGUCGGUGUUGAGGAAUUUGGAAGAAAGCCGGAUGGGAAGAUGGAGGGUUCUGAUUCAGGAAAUGAUGCUGGCUUCGAAUAGGAAACAUGUUAAGUUUCAACAUGCCUGGCGAGAAGCAAACGGGGCUGCGCAUAGUUUGGCCCAUCUUCAUUCAGCCCAGUUAAUUAUUUUUUCCAAUAUUAUUGAUCUACCAGGCCCGGUUAAGAGAGCUUACUACAUGGACAAGUUCAGUAUUCCUUCUAUUAGGUUGUAAUCGUUCUUGUUUGACUUCCUGUAUUUCUCCUUAAAGAGGUUUUGGCCUAGUCCCCCUCUUUCGUUGUAAGCUUUCUCUUUUUAAUAAAAUCUGGUAAAUGUCCCUCGA